AUGUCCCAACCAAUAAUACCUUACACAGUCGCAGUGCCAGACGCCUCUCUCCAGGAGCUCAAGCAACGUCUUGCUUGGGCUAAGCCUGCAACUCAAUUUGAGUCUUUAGAGCAAGAUUCGUGGGAUUUUGGUGUUCCCGCGAAAGAAAUGACGCGACUGGUGGCGUACUGGAAAGAUCAUUUUGACUGGAGGAAAGCUGAGGCUCGAUUAAAUGAACUUCCUCAAUAUCACACUGAAAUUGAAGUUGACGGAUUUGGCACACUGAACAUCCAUUUCGUUCAUCAAGUUAGCCCUGUGAAGAAUGCCAUUCCCUUGCUCUUCAGCCACGGGUGGCCAGGAUCCUUCAUCGAGGUGACAAAACUUUUGCCAAUGCUACAAGGUGAUGACAGUCAGCCAGCAUUCCAUGUCGUGGCACCUUCAUUGCCCAACUUCGGAUUCUCGUCCGCGGUCACCAAGCGUGGGUUUGGGUGGGCCCAGUAUGCCGAGACGUUUAACAAACUGAUGCUCAAGCUUGGGUAUUCCGAAUACGGUACAUUCCAAGCACCAGCAGUGGUAUUAUCAUUACAAAUACUAAUGUCAGGAAUAGUCACCCAAGGUGGAGACUUAGGCCAUUGGAUAACCAGGAGCAUGGGCAUUCUAUACCCGGAGCAUUGCAAAGCAUCUCACCUGAAUAUGAUCAUUGCUCAACCACCUAAAUGGACGACAAAUCCACUUUUAGCUCUCCAACACAGCAUUCAACCAUACAGUACCCAUGAAAAACAAGGUCUCGAGCGAUCUGCAUGGUUUGAGCGCGAAGGCUUUGGAUACAAUCUAUUGCAAAGAACGAAGCCUCAGACAAUCGGCACAGCAUUGGCAGACAGUCCCGUUGCGCUACUAGGCUGGAUCUAUGAGAAACUCCACGAUUGGUCGGAUUCUUACCCAUGGACCGAGGAUGAGAUUUUAACUUGGGUAUCUAUCUAUUGGUUUUCGGUCGCAGGCCCCGAGGCCAGUGUUCGCGUCUACUAUGAAGGUUCUCAUGGUCGCCCUGGCAAGGAUUUAAGCUACGAAAGGCUUCAGGAAUACAUACCUAAUGUCAAAUUGGGUCUUGUACACUUCCCACGUGAGCUCAAGGUGGUUCCUCGUACUUGGGCUGCUGCGCUUGGUCCUAUUGCGCUGCAGACUGAGCAUGACCAUGGAGGCCAUUUUGCUGCUUGGGAAGUCCCUGAAAUUAUUACUCGGGAUUUGCAGACGAUGUUCAAAAAGGAUGGGCCUUGUUUUGGUAUUGUGUCUGGAAGGAAUGGCUAUUAG